CACAGGAGGAACUAAAACGUGUGUAAACAAAGCUCAGUGUCAGGAGCUAUUUCAGCAAAAAAUAAAGUUUUGUUACACUAAUUCCUAGUUAUGCAUGCGAUAGAAGGAUCAGGAAAUGUGCCUGCGUUUCUCACGAAGUUAUGGAGACUUGUAGACGACGCGAAGACAAAUGAUUUGAUCAGUUGGACACAGAAUGGCCGGAGCUUCAUCAUUCAGAACCAAGCCAAGUUUGCCCGGGAUUUGCUGCCACAGUACUAUAAGCACAACAACAUGGCAAGUUUUGUCAGGCAACUUAAUAUGUAUGGUUUUCACAAAGUGGUGUCAGCGGAUUCAGGAGGACUGCGGGUGGAAAGAGACGAUAUGGAAUUUGCACACCCACAUUUCCUCCGUGGCCAGGAGGCUCUCAUAGAAAACAUCAAGAGGAAGCAACAACGGAGACUUGCAAGCGAUGGCGUCGAUUUUUCCCAGAUACCCACCAGCCGCACGAUGAUCAUAGAAGAGAACAAGAGUGUGAGCAAGCUGUUGAAUGAGGUGCGGGAUAUGAAACGUGACCACGAGUCUAUGAGCACCAAACUUCUCGGUCUUAAACGUGAAAAUGAGGCCCUUUGGAGAGAAUAUGCCAGCAUGAGACAAAAGUUCUCCAAGCAACAACAGAUUAUUGAGAAGCUCAUCCACUUCCUCAUUGCCAUGGUGAAGAGUCCCUCUAAGACUCUGGUUCCAAAGAGAAAAUUUGGUCACUUGGCUUUGGAAGGUGGAGAGGAGAACUCGUCUUCAUCCACCAAGAUCAACCCUCUCCCACAGUUCUCUCAGGGAACGCCCAUUGAUGUGAGUUUCUCUCAGCUUGUGGGAGACUGUGAAGGUGGGGCACAGAUCCAGGAAGUGACAGAUCUCGUAGAUGCUGAUGAUCCCAACAUCUUUUUACCCGAUGAUGAUAACCCAAUAAAAGACACAUUUUAUGGCAUGGCUGCAAAGUUACCUGAAGUUGACAAGGUCAUGAGGACCCCUGCAGGAGAAUCCAGUAAUAACAUAAUGGAACCAGAGACCGUACUCACUGUCAAUGGUGAAAUAUUUCAGUUCCCGGAAAUAAGUAUCCAAGAACAACCUAUCCUUGCAUCAAGUAUUAUAAGUCCUGGUGGAACAGACUUAGAUGAGGGUACGCGCUCAAAAUUUACUCAUAGUACUUUACUUGAUGAAGCACCCCUCAGCCCUGAGCUCCUAAAUACUGUUGAUCCAAGUGCUGUGACGCAGUCAUUCAAGUAUGACGUCAAUGAAAGCCCUGUCUUAAGCUCCAGUGGAGCGAAGUCUACCAUGGCACCUAGCACUUCAACCUCUUCUACAUCUGCAAAGUCUCAGGUCCACAAAGUAGCACAGAAGGGUAAGAUUAAAGCUGUUAAGACCGAGAAGUCUGCUCCACAAUCUUCCUCUAUGAGUGUUGCUGUUCCAGAAAAGAACAUGCAGAACAGGCAAGAACUACAGACCCACUUGGAGGAUAUGCAGACCACCAUCGAUUCCCUGCAAGAUCUACUUAAUGCAGGCAAUUUCAAUGUUGAACCAUCUAUGCUUCUUACGCUUUUUGGAUCUGAUGAUGGCUACUUACCAGAGCUAGAUAGUUUGUCCCCUGUUGCUAAUGGCAAUGAAUUGUCACUUUACAAUCCGAGCCUGCUAGACCUUGCCGGAGAUAUGGAGGAGGAGGAAGACCCACUGAGCUUCCUUAAUAGUGGUAAUUUUAGUUCUUCUAUGGCACCCUCAUCUACAUCACCUGCCUCAAGUGCAGCAUCUUCGAACAGCUCCACAGGUCCCACACAACCCAAACAGCUGAGACUUAGCAUAAAAAAAGAGCGAGUUGAGACUGAUUCUUUGGAAACGCCCAAGAUUUUAUCACCCGACAGGAGCCCUGUGCAUCGGGGGAAAAGGCGUACUAAUUAAGGGAAUAUAAUUUUUGAUUCAGAGAUGAAGCAUAUUCAUGUUUGUCAUGAAAUAUUAAGCAACCAAGGAUGUGAGUCAGUGAAAUCCAUUUGUUGUUUCAGUGAUAUUAAACGGCAUAUCUUUCUGUAUGACAAGUAGUUUUGACAUAGUUUUCCUAUGUAAGUACAGGUGUAUUGUAAAUUGUCAUGAUAUUUACACAAAAGAUUUGGCAUAUAAUGAAACCUUACAUGGACUUUUAAUAUAAUUUGUGAAUUACAAAACUGAAUUUUUACAGUGUGAUUCUUUGUAAAAAAAAAUUGCUUUAUGUACAAUUUGAAGAAAUCUGAUUAUAUCAUACUACAAACACAUAAAAUACACUGUAUAUAUGAGUCAGAUAGAAUAAAAUAUUGUAAUUUCUCAAGAACCUUAACAUUAUAUGUCACACAACUACCUGUGCUAAUUUCAUGAUUGUCAUAUGCUUUUGCACAAAGAAUUUCUUAGUCUUCAAGUAUAGGAUUGUGCUUACAACACCACUAAAAUCAGCUAGUUUAAUCUGUACUCCCAGAGUAGAUUCUUGAGCAGAGAUUAUGUUUCUGUCAUAAUUAACCUUAAUUAUUAAAACUGUAGUACCCUGGAUAUUUGUAGGAAUGAAAUUCUUCAUUUCAGUAUAAUUUUUUCAGUUGUACAUUGUUAUUUUUUAACGGUUUGCCACCAUAGAAUGCCCACAACUACUCAGGCAAGGAAUUAGUCAGGAGUAUUGCUAACUAACUAUUUUUGUUGUUGUACUGUAAGUCUAUUUCUAAGUUGGUUCUGGGAAGGAUGACUUAGGGGAUACAUUACAAGAGAAAAGAUUUUGUUUUUUGGCACAGAGAUCAAUUGGUUUGUGGAGCACACAUGAAUAUGCAAUUAAGAAUUGGUUUUGGAUAGAUAAAUGGUUGAGGAACAUAUAUUUUCUUUUAUGUUGUAAUUAUUCUGACAGAUUUCAUUAUAUGGUAAGUAGAAAAAACUGAAAUGUGUUUGUUAAAUAAAUACCUCUGCUUAGGUGAAAAUCUUAGUGAAUGGACAGGUAGAGAGUGCAUACACCUAAUGCCCCUUUCUGAUAGUAGAAGUGGGAGAAUUCAAAAUAGGUUAUAGUGUUGUGGUUUGGACCUCAGUAAAUAUGUACAGUAUUAGGAUUAAUAUUAUGAAAAUGACCAAACUAGCAUAAGUUGGAUAAUAAUCAUUAUGAAGAGAAAAAAACCAAAGAUUUUAGAGAGAAUCAUUUUAUUUUGGGAAGUGUACAGUAUAUAUAGUGAAUGUGUAGAUAUAAAUGAUCAGGGAAAUAUUUGGGAAGAUUCUGUGUUUGUGUGUUAGUGACAACUCUCGGCAAAAAGUGAAUGAGUGGAUGACGCCUUUGAGUGCAGUAUAUAACAUUAAUAGUUUAAUUAUUUUUUUCAGGUAAGAGGAGAGUAAGAAAUUUGGGUGGAAGGUUAUCUUAUAUUUUAAUGAUAAUAUAAAGGUUAGUGGUACAGUAUAUUUAUGAUGCUCAAGGACUAAGGAUUUCAGUUAAAGUUUCCAGUCCUUGAUCAUAUAUAGUACAGUAGUGACCUGCCUAUGUAUUAUUAUCAACUGUCACCCAAACUUAUGACUGUCCUAUUACUCUACACGGCUUAUUUUACUUGAAAAAAAUUUAUCGUUGUACUUUGCUCGAUGAUGUUUUUGCAUAAGUAUCACGGAUAUCUUAUACAGUACAUACCUGUUACAGUUUGACCUUGCAAAUUUGUGGUAAUUGGUGUCCCACCAUGGCAGAUUUAACAAAAGGCAUGGAAUUUUGGAGUAAGCAUUAAAAACAUUGGAAAAUUUGCUCAUUUGCUAAAAACACUCAAUCUAAUUGAAUACACUAAUCUUUAUUGUUUCAAACUUGCACUCCAAAGUCAUAUUUAUUGGACAGUUCUUUUAACACUUAUUCCACUCUAUAUGAACGAUGUGGUUCACAGUUAAAUGAUUUUGUGAGCACAAGAUUAGCCUUAUUUGAAAAAAAAUCAAAUUGCUUAUGUAAAAAAAUGAGAAAAAAUGCUGAUAAACAAUAAAAUUGGUACAUAGCAUAUCAUAAAAUACAAUAGCACAUGUUUUAUGUACAGUC